AAUUAAUUUUAACGAGUUGCUUGAACACUUGUCACCAAUUAAUUCGUGUUGCUUUGUAAAAACGAUUUUAAGUAAAGCCUAACAAGCGGCGCGUAAAAUGUGGCAGAAUUCUUUUUUUAUCACAAUAUUCAUUUUGAAGUUUUCCGAGAGCGAUGGUUCCCGGGCCCAUUUCAGUAAUCUCUCUCACGAGUUCACAACUCCAGCCGAUGAAAUUGGACCCAUGUUGCCCGAUGACGGCUUUCAAACCUCCACUGUGAUAGCUGGCCUUAUGCCGGACUCAUUCGGAGAGAUGUUUAACUUUCUAGAUGGUGACAGCUUUGGAAUUGGUCCAAUGCAUGAAUUCGUAUACGGAUGGCAAGCCAUAGUGAACACUAUGAGUAUGAAGAACAAUGUUGAGGUACGCAAACGAGCUGGCCUUCAAAGGUUUGCUCUCGCCGGCAUUAACGGAAUAACUCUCAUAUCACAUAUUGGAGUGACGGAGAUUAUGAUAAAUGGCACCAGAAGCUACUGUUUCGGAGGAGUUUCGAGACCUCCUGGCAGAAGGAGUGUUAUUUGCAAAGGUGCAAUGUAUCAAGAAGGAAGGUUCUCGUGCAAAGUUCCUUACCUUCGGUAUCCAACAGUACUAGGAUAUAGGUACUGUAUAGAUAAUUACGCUGCCGUUUCUUCAUUAGAUGGCACAUAUAAAACCACAUACUGCGCCCGUGGUGAAUCUAUACCGAAAUUUCAUUACGAUUACAUCUGCGAACGUAGAGACGUUAAAAUAAAACGUGUCAAUCUCACGGAUCCCAAUGAGAGGUUUAAUAUUCGUAAUCCUGUUGUGCGUAGAGCUGAAUACUAUCGGGCUCCCUAUGACAUAUUGAAAGCUUGUCCGGAUUGGUACGGAUGCAAUCUACGUAUUUCGCCUGAAUCUUUACAUCAACCAAUACCGACUGGUUUGUUAGACGCCAACGAGACGGCUUUCGUUGGACACGGUGGAAAAUAUUGGCUUGCUUUAUAUUAUACACAGCUCUCGACAUACGCAAUUUACUUCCAAGCUCAUGGUGAAUACCCGUGGCAGUCAAGUCGACCUAUAGUGUCUAUAGACAAAGGUGGUAUUUGGGAGCAGCUUUUGAAAGCAAAUAUAGGUCCAGACAUGAAUUUGCAUUAUAAUUUGAACGGCAUUUAUAAUAGAUACCCUGGCGGUGUUGUGAUGGCGGAUUUAAUGAGAAACGAUGGACAGGUCCAACCAUCUAACUUUAGGACGGAUAAUAGAGACGGAGCUCCAGAGGAUAUUGUUAUUGGUAACACUCAUCUUUCCGCUGAUGGAGCUGCUGAUCCAAAUGCCGGCAACUAUAAGUUUAUACACGACACACAAAUUCAAGGAAACUUUGAACAUGGGAAGAACUUAUAAAUAUGUAUUUUGUAAAAAUAAAAGACACCUGAGAAA